CAUGUACAUCAAUCGUGGGAGCCAUACUUCAUUUGCUGGGAGUUACCUUUUGCUAUACCGAACCGUCAGGCACGUAAAUCUGGUGGGGCACACGUCGUUUGCGGAGGACUGACUGGCUGCACCAAACCGUCAGGAUCGUUCGUCUGUCGUGGGAGCCACAUAAGGAUUGCGGGGAGCCUCACUCCCUGCACCAAACUGUUAGGAUUGCCCGUCUGUCAUGGAAGCACCUAUCAUUUGCGGGAAGGCUAACAAGCUAUACCAAACAGUUAGGAUCACGCGUCUGUCGUAGAAGCCACAUAAGGAUUGCGGGGAGCAUCACAUGCUGCACCAAACCGUCAGGAUCGUUCGUCUGUCGUGGGAGCCACAUAAGGAUUGCGGGGAGCCUCACAUGCUGCACCAAACCGUCAGGAUCGUUCGUCUGUCGUGGGAGCCACAUAAGGAUUGCGGGGAGCCUCACAGGCUGUAUCACACCGUCAGGAUCGUUCGUCUGUCGUGGGAGCCACAUAAGGAUUGCGGGGAGCCUCACCGGCUGCACCAAACCGUCAGGAUCGUUCGUCUGUCGUGGGAGCCACAUAAGGAUUGCGGGGAGCCUCACCCGCUGCACCAAACCGUCAGGAUCGUUCGUCUGUCGUGGGAGCCACAUAAGGAUUGCGGGGAGCCUCACCGGCUGCACCAAACCGUCAGGAUCGUUCGUCUGUCGUGGGAGCCACAUAAGGAUUGCGGGGAGCCUCACUCGCUGUAUCACACCGUCAGGAUCGUUCGUCUGUCGUGGGAGCCACAUAAGGAUUGCGGGGAGCCUCACCGGCUGCACCAAACCGUCAGGAUCGUUCGUCUGUCGUGGGAGCCACAUAAGGAUUGCGGGGAGCCUCACUCGCUGCACCAAACCGUCAGGAUCGUUCGUCUGUCGUGGGAGCCACAUAAGGAUUGCGGGGAGCCUCACCCGCUGCACCAAACCGUCAGGAUCGUUCGUCUGUCGUGGGAGCCACAUAAGGAUUGCGGGGAGCCUCACCGGCUGCACCAAACCGUCAGGAUCGUUCGUCUGUCGUGGGAGCCACAUAAGGAUUGCGGGGAGCCUCACCGGCUGCACCAAACCGUCAGGAUCGUUCGUCUGUCGUGGGAGCCACAUAAGGAUUGCGGGGAGCCUCACAACCUGUAUCACACCGUCAGGAUCGUUCGUCUGUCGUGGGAGCCUCAUAAGGAUUGCGGGGAGCCUCACAUGCUGCACCAAACCGUCAGGAUCGUUCGUCUGUCGUGGGAGCCACAUAAGGAUUGCGGGGAGCCUCACUCGCUGUAUCACACCGUCAGGAUCGUUCGUCUGUCGUGGGAGCCACAUAAGGAUUGCGGGGAGCCUCACAUGCUGCACCAAACCGUCAGGAUCGUUCGUCUGUCGUGGGAGCCACAUAAGGAUUGCGGGGAGCCUCACUCGCUGUAUCACACCGUCAGGAUCGUUCGUCUGUCGUGGGAGCCACAUAAGGAUUGCGGGGAGCCUCACCGGCUGCACCAAACCGUCAGGAUCGUUCGUCUGUCGUGGGAGCCACAUAAGGAUUGCGGGGAGCCUCACUCGCUGCACCAAACCGUCAGGAUCGUUCGUCUGUCGUGGGAGCCACAUAAGGAUUGCGGGGAGCCUCACAAGCUGUAUCACACCGUCAGGAUCGUUCGUCUGUCGUGGGAGCCACAUAAGGAUUGCGGGGAGCCUCACUCCCUGCACCAAACCGUCAGGAUCGUUCGUCUGUCGUGGGAGCCACAUAAGGAUUGCGGGGAGCCUCACAACCUGUAUCACACCGUCAGGAUCGUUCGUCUGUCGUGGGAGCCACAUAAGGAUUGCGGGGAGCCUCACUCGCUGUAUCACACCGUCAGGAUCGUUCGUCUGUCGUGGGAGCCACAUAAGGAUUGCGGGGAGCCUCACUCCCUGCACCAAACCGUCAGGAUCGUUCGUCUGUCGUGGGAGCCACAUAAGGAUUGCGGGGAGCCUCACAACCUGUAUCACACCGUCAGGAUCGUUCGUCUGUCGUGGGAGCCUCAUAAGGAUUGCGGGGAGCCUCACAUGCUGCACCAAACCGUCAGGAUCGUUCGUCUGUCGUGGGAGCCACAUAAGGAUUGCGGGGAGCCUCACUCGCUGUAUCACACCGUCAGGAUCGUUCGUCUGUCGUGGGAGCCACAUAAGGAUUGCGGGGAGCCUCACAAGCUGUAUCACACCGUCAGGAUCGUUCGUCUGUCGUGGGAGCCACAUAAGGAUUGCGGGGAGCCUCACUCCCUGCACCAAACCGUCAGGAUCGUUCGUCUGUCGUGGGAGCCACAUAAGGAUUGCGGGGAGCCUCACAACCUGUAUCACACCGUCAGGAUCGUUCGUCUGUCGUGGGAGCCACAUAAGGAUUGCGGGGAGCCUCACCGGCUGCACCAAACCGUCAGGAUCGUUCGUCUGUCGUGGGAGCCACAUAAGGAUUGCGGGGAGCCUCACAUGCUGCACCAAACCGUCAGGAUCGUUCGUCUGUCGUGGGAGCCACAUAAGGAUUGCGGGGAGCCUCACUAGCUGUAGCAAACCGUUAGGGACGUAAACCUAUUGUGGCACCAAAUUUCAUUGGCUUGCAGACUCACAAGCUGGGAUUCGGGAAAUUAGGCAUCGAACUUAACGGCUAUGUCUACGGGCGUGUUCCCAUGAUUAUCGCGGAGCCCCGAAGAGGCCUG